AUGUCAGAUUCCAACACAACCGACUUCACCAACCCCUCCACCUUCAUCCUGCUGGGCAUUCCUGGCCUGGAGAUGGUCCACGUCUGGAUCUCCAUCCCCUUCUGCACCGUAUACGCCAUAGCCAUCUUGGGGAACUUCAUUAUUCUGUUCAUUGUAAAGAGGGAGCCGAGCCUCCAUGGUGCCAUGUAUUAUUUCCUCUGCAUGCUGGCUGUCACUGACUUGGUUCUGUCCACAUCGCUCGUGCCCAAAAAGAGCAUCUUCUGGUUCAAUUCCAGGGAGAUCGAUUUCAGUGCCUGCCUCACCCAGCUGUACUUCAUUCACUCUUUCUUAGUCAUAGAGUCUGGGAUCCUAGUGGCCAUGGCUUUGGAUCGUUUCGUGGCCAUCUGCAAUCCACUGAGACAUUCCACCAUCCUGACAAACCUCGUGGUGGCCAAGAUUGGCCUGGCUGUGAUGCUGCGUGGUGGCAUAAUCGUACUGCCCUAUCUCCUCCUGGCGAGGCAGUGGCCAUAUUGCAGAACCAACAUCAUCCCCCACACACACUGUGAGCACAUGGCCGUGGUGAAGCUGGCCUGCGCCGACAUCCGCGUCAAUACAUACUACGGCCUCUUUGUGGUAUUCUCUAUGAUCUGCGUGGAUGCGUUUCUUAUUGCUAUAUCCUAUACUCAGAUCCUCAGGGCCAUCUUCAGCCUCCCCACAAAGGAUGCCCGGCUCAAGGCUUUUGGGACCUGCGGCUCCCACCUCUGUGUCAUCUUAAUCUUUUAUGUCUCAUCUCUCUUCUCCUCUCUCAUGUACCGGUUUGGCCACCAUGUUUCCCUGCAUUUCCACGUGUUGAUUUCCAGCGGGUACCUCCUGGUGCCCCCCAUGCUAAACCCCAUCAUUUAUGGGGUAAGGACCAAACAGAUCAGAAGCCGCGUGCUCCGGCUCUUUGCUCAUAAAGGGACCUAA